GAGACGGUUGGCUCGUCACACCCGGAUCCGUCCGAGAAACGGUUCAACGGUCGCACGACCCAGGUGACGUUUCACGAGGGAUGGAAGGAGGCUGUCGCGCAGCGGGUAAGCAACGAGAGCAUGGCGAGCUCGGGCAAGAUGUUUGACCAGCUCAAGUCGUUGCACGAGAUCGUCGCGCGAAUGGAAAAGAAAGGCGGCGGCGGCGGCGGGGGUCCAUCGGGAGGGGGUUCAUCGCUUGAGAAGCGAAUGGAUUCCCUCGAGGCGAAGCUCGACAAACUCAUCGAGCUGCAGCUAGGAAAGUAAUAAGUAGUCGAGUUUUUCUCUUUCGGUCGUUGGUGGUGUUCAUGGAAACACCGUAGGGUACAGGGUCAACCACACCCCUGAAAACACAGAAAACAUCAGGGGAUCCGACGGGCCUUGGUCGCCGCCCGCCGGGGGUUAGUCGCUAACGUUAGUACAGAGAG